CACAUUGAGGUUAACCAGCAUAAUUUUGUACACUGCUGUGUACUACAUGCAUUGAUCAGUGUACAAGAGCAGCCCUGUGUAUAGUCUACUUACUUGAGCCUGAUAAUCGAGUACAUAGGUAGCUAUGUUAUGUAGUACAGCUGUCAUGUUGAGGGGCACCAUCUACUUCCUCGGCCUGCUGCUCGUGAUUGUUUCUCAAGCUGGCCUAAUUGAGGCCCAGAGCAGCUCGUAUGGGGAUCCAGCAUACUGUCUGUUGAGUAGAGUGGACGAGUUUCCAUGCACACCAAGAAGUCCCAGGAAUACAAAAAUGCCUAAUGCAAAUGAGAUCGGGAACUACACCACUCGAGUACAAGCGGGAAGUUCUGGGCGCCCCACAUGCCAGAUACGGAGAAGAGGACAUCAGAUUCAACCAAUCCCAACACUUGGUGGAGAUGAGAGGUUAAAGUUUAUUUUCUCCCCGGGAAUUAGACUUGAUCCACCAGAAAACUACGGCAACCAAAAGUAUAUUCUGUACAACAUAAGUUGCCCAGCAGGACACCUGGCAUUCUUCAACAUGACCAAAAUUCAAUUGGAACCUCCUAACUGCUUGAAUCAAAAUCAAAAUCGGAUGGUGUGCCCGGAUUAUGUGCGCAUAAACAGGACUGGUUUUGGUAUUACUGAAGGUUGCGGAGCUACGUCAAAUGUGGACAUCCAGAAUCAGCUGGAGCUAGGUGAAAUAAGCAUUUUGUUUAGAACCAGCCAGUCGACCAGAAUGUCUGGAUUUGAGGCCACUGUCAUUUGCUUCAAACGUGAAGAUGCUGAUCAACCAGGAUGCACUCGACCGGGGCAAAAUGACACUGAAGUGACCACAUCCAGUCCAGGUCGCAGGAGAAGGGACCUCGAUGAGUUUCACAGAACCUGGAAGAGACAGCUGGUUCGUAUGCGUCGUCGCCGAAGAAGACAGGCCGAAUUUUCUGUACGCUUCGAGAAUUUCAAUGUUCCAUUUGGAGUCCGUGUGUUUUACGAUACGGGGAUACUGUCCUUUAUGAUUGAGGACGGAAUGAUGGAAUUUAGAGAACCAAUUGAUGGCAUCAUUUUCUUGAGCACUUUUGAUUCAAACAGUAGUGCUCUAUUUUUUCAAGGAAGUGCUCAGAAUAGCAUUUUCAGAGGACCAGGACCAAUGUCGAUUGUUGGAGCAUAUGCAUACUUCCAACUAUUUGCUAUUGAUCCAAGGGGAAUCAUGCCUAAUCCGGAAGAGAUGGUUGCUAUUGGCAAUCUUACGGACGCACAGUAUGCUCUGGUGACUGAAGACAACAGUACUCGACUGGGUGAAGAGGAACUGAAUCCUGCGUGUGCUGAUCCACUGGCAGACCUCAACGUGCUGCCCAUCCCUGGGGUAACCCCAAGUCCAAACUGUGUACAGAGACAAAAGAGACAGGCAGACAAUGUGCUACUCAUGCUGGAGGACAGCGCUAUACGGACUGCUAUCGAGAACGAGAAUGCUUGUAAUCCAGUUCUCAGGACCUCAGCCAGAGCUACUAUCAACUUAGUAGAGAAAGAGAAUCCUAGUCAUCUAGCUGAACUGAGGGAAGGCUCUACGUGACCAUUGUCACCAUUGUGUCCGCCGUAUACUCAAGCAGAAGAAACUGUAUAUACUUUGUCGUGUGUGUGUAUAUUAUGACUCUACCAUUGUACGUGCACUUUCCAUUAUUGAUUGUGCAAAUAGAAUGUUUUGCGAG